CCAUUUUCGGCGGCGGGAGCGGCAGAGCCGGAGCCGGCAGGGCGCGGGGCGGCGGCUGCUAGGAGGAGCCGCGGGGGACAGCGCGCGCGGGCGACCGAGGAUGCUGCAGGGCGGCCGCGCCGGCGCUCCUCGCUCGUGACUGCGGCGCCGCGCCUGAGGCGGCCGAAGCGGCGGCCCCGGUGGUCCUGCUCCGCGCACGCGCCCGCGGCCUCCGGUGCUGACAGCGCGAGCGCGCGGCCCCACGGGAGCAGCACGAAUGUACGACAGCAUGUCCACAAUGGUGUACAUAAAGGAAGAUAAGUUGGAGAAGCUCACGCAGGACGAAAUUAUUUCUAAGACAAAGCAAGUAAUUCAGGGGCUAGAAGCUCUGAAGAAUGAGCACAAUUCCAUUUUACAAAGUUUGCUGGAGACACUGAAGUGUUUGAAGAAAGAUGACGAAAGUAAUCUGGUGGAGGAGAAAUCAAACAUGAUCCGGAAGUCACUGGAGAUGUUGGAGCUUGGCCUGAGUGAGGCACAGGUUAUGAUGGCUCUGUCCAAUCACCUGAAUGCCGUUGAGUCAGAGAAGCAGAAACUGCGUGCGCAGGUCCGCCGUCUAUGCCAGGAGAAUCAGUGGCUGCGGGAUGAAUUGGCCAACACGCAGCAGAAACUGCAGAAGAGUGAGCAGUCUGUGGCUCAGCUGGAGGAAGAAAAGAAGCACCUGGAAUUCAUGAACCAGCUGAAGAAGUACGACGAUGACGUCUCCCCGUCCGAGGACAAAGACACCGAUUCCACCAAAGAACCUCUGGACGACCUUUUCCCAAAUGAUGAUGAUGACCCCGGUCAAGGAAUCCAGCAGCAGCACAGCAGUGCGGCGGCAGCUGCCCAGCAGGGUGGCUACGAGAUCCCAGCGCGGCUGCGCACCCUCCACAACCUGGUCAUCCAGUACGCCUCGCAGGGGCGCUACGAGGUUGCCGUGCCCCUCUGCAAGCAGGCCCUGGAGGACCUGGAGAAGACCUCCGGCCACGACCACCCAGACGUGGCCACCAUGCUGAAUAUCCUGGCCUUGGUCUACAGAGACCAGAAUAAAUACAAAGACGCAGCUAAUCUACUGAAUGAUGCCUUGGCCAUCCGUGAAAAAACUUUGGGCAAAGAUCAUCCUGCGGUGGCAGCAACUCUGAAUAACCUCGCAGUGCUUUAUGGCAAGAGAGGAAAGUACAAAGAAGCCGAGCCGCUGUGCAAGAGAGCCCUGGAGAUCCGGGAGAAGGUUUUGGGAAAGGAUCACCCUGAUGUUGCCAAGCAGUUGAAUAACUUGGCCUUACUGUGCCAGAACCAGGGCAAGUACGAGGAGGUGGAGUACUACUAUCAGAGAGCCCUGGAGAUCUACCAGACGAGGCUGGGGCCUGACGACCCCAACGUGGCCAAGACGAAAAAUAACCUGGCGUCCUGCUACCUGAAGCAAGGCAAGUUCAAGCAGGCAGAGACCCUGUACAAAGAGAUCCUCACCCGUGCGCAUGAAAGGGAGUUUGGCUCCGUUGACGAUGAAAAUAAACCCAUUUGGAUGCAUGCUGAGGAAAGAGAAGAAUGCAAAGGAAAGCAGAAGGAUGGGGCAGCUUUUGGAGAGUAUGGAGGCUGGUACAAAGCCUGCAAAGUUGAUAGUCCAACUGUUACAACUACUUUAAAAAACCUUGGGGCACUUUACAGACGUCAAGGCAAAUUUGAAGCUGCAGAAACAUUGGAAGAAGCGGCCAUGAGGUCACGUAAACAGGGUCUUGACAAUGUUCACAAACAGAGAGUCGCUGAGGUGCUGAAUGACCCUGAGAACACGGAGAAGCGGAGAAGCCGGGAGAGCCUCAGCUCGGACGCGGUCAAGUACGAGAGCGGCCCUGACGGAGGGGAGGAAGUGAGUAUGAGCGUAGAGUGGAGCGGGGACGGCACUGGAUCUUUAAAACGCAGUGGUUCCUUUAGCAAACUCCGGGCUUCAAUUAAACGCAGCAGCGAGAAGCUGGUUAGGAAGCUGAAGGGAGGAAGUUCCCGAGAGAGUGAGCCAAAGAACCCCGGCAUGAAGCGCGCCAGCUCUCUGAGUGUCCUUAACGUGGGUGGCAAGGCAGCCGAAGACCAUUUCCAAGUAAGGAGCCGGCCCCGCCCACACCCUCGCUGCCGGGAGCAGGAACGAAAUCAUUGUGUGGCAGACUGGCGAGCUCUGAGUGCCAGCCGCACUGACCUGGCCCACUGAGGGCUGAGGCAGAGCUAGAUUGAACCCCUGGGGCUCACGGAGCAGACAGACCCUCCCAGCUUGCCAGUCCCCUCCCCUCUCUGCACGGAAGGCCCCAGGGGCGCUUCUUUUCCUGGGUGGUGACUGACCUCCACCAGCCUCAGGAUGUCUGCCCCGAACUGUGUUCAGUGGCCUGCAGUUGUAGUGACGGAGAGCUGCCGAAACAUGACGGUGACCCUGGCCAGGCGCGGCAGCCGGCUGCAGCACGUUAGGAAUUCGGCCGCUGCUCACGGACACUUGCCACAGCACCAAAAUCUGCUUUAAAUUGUGAUACUGUAUUAAGACUGUACAUUAAGAUUGGAGCUUUAAACUGCAUCCUUUGAGAAUAAGAAUCUAACAGCCCUUGGCAGUGAUGCCUGGGAUUUAGAGGAACAUGGGAGACACGAGAGGCUGGCGGGAAGGCCUUCAUCCCUCCCGGGUCUGCUGCUCAGCCCAGCGCUGCGGUGCGGGGCUUGUGGGGCUCCCGCCGCCCCCGCCCCACACACUCUGGGCGCCCACCUGGCCCCUGCACACUGCAGGGUUGGGGGGAGCACACGGAGAUGCAUGCUUGCUUCUUAAAAAGCUUUUCUUUGUAGGGCUAAGUAACACAGGGUGGGUUCUGACAGGACUGUUCUCAUCAACCCUUAGGCAUUAUUCCUUAAGGGAACGUGUAAGAUUCGCUGGCAGGUUGGGAAAUUACCUGACAGAUGCCGAGGUGUAAUUCCCGAUGUCACGUGUGUGCACGGGGCAGAGCCACGCUGACCGUGAAAAAGCCACAUUCACUCUCUCUGGGUUUGAAAGAGGGUCUGGAAAGCUGUGAGUAUCCUUGUGAAACGCUGCCAGGGUGAUCUUAUUUUAAUGUUUGCGCAGAGGUGCUGUCACCGCAAAGGCCACCUUUCCCUCACGAACGCACUGGGCUGGGGAGCGUGCUCCCUGGGACUCGCUCUGGGGGCGCCCUUGGACUGCCUGUGUCCUUGGGGCUGAGGCUGUUGUUAACAGUGAGGCUGAGACUUGUUUAAUGCUGGGUCACCUCGUGGCAGAGGUCACAUGUGCUUGUUUGUGACGUGUGCAGGGCCCCCCACAGGUGGCUCCGGUGCAUGUGGGGCUCCCACAGCCUGUCUCCUCUGGCCGUGCUCCUUUUCCUCCGCUCUGACUCCACUUAGGCUUGGCAGCCUCUGGCGGAUCAGGGCCUUACUUUCUAAAUGCUCUCUGGAGGUGUUUAAAAACAUUCGAUGGGUUGUGAUAACCACUGGGGAAAGGAAGGAAGCGGAGCUGUCCUCAUGUGGACUGGGCACUGGCUCGUUCGUUCAGGUCUGCUCUGAGGUGCAGCAGGGCCAUGUGGCGUGGCCCGGGUGCAGGGCAGGGCGCCAGGUCUGUGUGUCACGUUGUAGCCAGGAGAGGGGGCCAGGGAGCUGUCCCGCCUCCUCGCGCUCCAUUUGAGGUUUUCUCCCCAGCCAGAGCUGGCCCAGUCCAUUUGGAACCCACUCAGUUUCCCUUGGUGACAGUUCUUGCUGGAAAAACAAAGGGCAUUUAGAGAGAGUAAAUGUAGGGGUGAGAAUAGAAUUUCAUUUUAAGCUCCCAGUUGGUGGAAAGAGACCAUCUCUGCAGGAGCCUUGGUUGAACCUGACCCAGCCUUGAGCCCCGCUGGCCCCGGUUCCUGCUGAGGGCGGCGGUCGCCUUUGCAUGGCUGUGUGCAGAUGGUGCUUGGGGGAAGAAACCCAGUGAAGUCGGGUCGGCAGAACCUUCACGGUUCAGAGAGGGUGUUACAUGGGAAGCUGCAGUUUGAUUUUUGAACUCAAAAUAGAGAAAAGCCAGGCUGUAACCUGCUUCAAAGUCUGGUGGUCAGGAUUUUCACGUUUUUGGGGAGAGGUGGGGGUCCAGCCGUCCCUUCUGUGUUUUCCUUUCGUGGUGAGGGAGCCAGUGCCCGAGUCUGCAUUGUUUCUCUCAGGUUAGACAGACUCCCCUGGGAAGAUGACAGAGGUGGAGAGCUGCAGGCCCCGCCUUCCCGAGCGCAAGCAAGAGGGCCCGGGGGGGCAGAGCACUCGGGCUUUGUGUUUACGACGUUGGACAGGUACAGAGUUAUUUUCUGGAACUUAAAAAACUGUUACUUGCUGCUAAGAAUGUCAUGGAAUUAGAAGUCACGUUAUAAAGUGCAGGUGCUGCCAAGGACGCGCGGGUUGGUCUGCAGUGGACUGGCCCUCUCGCUGUCACGGCUUUCUAGAAUGUUCUUGGAGAAGGCAUGUCACAUAGAUAUGAGGCGACUUCUGUUUAUAUUUGCACUUUUUUGGGCAGUGUACCACACACUCAUGGGGCUUCUGGAAACUGUUAAGGUGACACUUGAUAGCGCCAAUAGAGGUGACGUUCAGACCAGCUGGGUGAGUGUAGUCCUGCGGACGUGGCCUCCGUGUAACUGGGCCGUUACAUAAAGAUACGAACUCCAUCUUGAGUUGGUUCCCCAGCGCUGCGGGGUGUUGGGGGGCUGGUCACAGGUCUGUGAGGCCCACUGGACUGUCCCCGGGGUGCCCUGGUGGAGGGGGUUGCUGGUGUUCCUGAGACACAGAAAGCCGCACAGCCCGGGUCCCGCGGCCUGUGGUGGGUGGGCUCCCGGGAACGCCAGCAGCGGGACGCGGGCUGAGUGCGGGCGGGCUCCUGCUGGGCUGGGGCGCGGGUCGGCCGCUGAAUGGACCUUCUGUCUGGGAGCCAUAGUUUUCUCUUCUCGUUGGUGUGACUUGCCUAGGAAAUCAUUCGGGACUGUUUGUAUUUAAUUACAAAAAUAAAGUGUUUUAUUUCUU